AUUUUGUUUACGCUGAUAACUUAACGCUGAUUGACUACAGCCAAAAUGAUUCAAAUACGACAUGUAAAAGUGGCGUGCUACGAGGAGUCGACCAAUCUGCUCUCAAAAGCGUGAUCCUUUUGGAUCGCAGUGUUGGAGACUAUGGUUAUGCCAAUUUCGAGAUAAAAGAGGAGUUGGAAUCAAAAUUUAAACAAGUAAUGAUAAUUAAGAGAUCUCUUCCCUCCUAUGUGUCGCCAUCUCUCAAUGGGGUCAUCAAGUAUCUAGUUUAAGGUCGCUGGUGGAAAAAAAAAACAUAGAUCACUUUUAUUUUCUUAAAUCGAUAUCAUGUAAUUUUUUUUGUUUGAACUAACAAUUCUUCCAUAACUUGUAACGAUCUAAAACGUCUUGAUAUCUCAAAAUUUUUUGGUUAGAUUAUCUAGGGGAAACUUAAAAAAACAAAACAAUUUUCACCCGUUUCCGAAAAUAUGCGCCGAGAUUUUUGACACCAGUUUACAGGCUAUUGUAUAAUUGUAUCUUCAUUUUUUAAAAAAUGAAAAUUAUGACUGUUGUUAUACUUUAUACCAGUGGUUCUCAACCUUCCAGGUGCCGCGACCCUUUAAUACAGUUACUAGUGUCGUGGCGACCCCCAGCCACACAAUUAUUUUCGUAGCUACUUCAUAGCUGUAAGGAUAUGUGUUUUCAGAUGGUCUUAGGCGACCCCCAAAGGGGUCGUGACCCACGUGUUGAGAACCGCUGCUUUAUACAAUUAAAUUAUUUAGUAAAUGCAUAGUUUGAGUUUUGUAAAAAAAAAAAAAAAAGAACAUUAGAGAUUUGAUUUUCUGAAUCCCGAUGAACUGAAAGGUGUGUUAUCCAAAUGACCCUUUGUUGUAUUAUUUUGUUUUUAUUUUUCGCUAGCGCAUUGCAUGGAUCAUAUGUGUAAGAAACCUCAGUGAUGCAACACAAAGCGAUUAAAGAAGGAUGAAGCUGUUUUCAAACGUGAUAACAAUAUUGUAGUUGUUGUUGUUCGUCUGUCGAAGUCGACCAGGACCAUCGAGUCAUCUGGUUAGGGUGAGGGUGGGUUACGGUGAGCUCGUAGGUGGCUUGCUAGACCGAUUCGUGCUCGAAAUAAUCCCUGUCACCGCAGACAGGGGAUAUUUGCUGCAGACGGCAAACUAAUGUUGCUCUUUAGGGCAAGCCUGCGUGUCUCAGCUGUCGUUAUCCUAUUAGUUUUAUGGGAUUUAGCAACCUUCUUGACAGCUGCUCUCCACCCGGUUCUGUCCUGGGCUGUCUGCAUCCAUUGAGUAGGGUUGAUGCUGAAGGCCUUUAGUGCCACUUUCAGUGAGUCUUUUUAACGCUUUUAUUUUACCUCCUAAUGAGCGCUUGCCUAUCGUGAGUUCUCCGAAGAAUAUCUGUUUUGGGAGCUGGUGGUGUUCCGUACGGGCUGCGUGUCCCAUACAACGGAGUUGAGACUGCAUCAGGGUGGUAAAAAUACUAGGUAGUUUCCCUCUAGCGAGGACCUCUGUGUUAGGGACUUUGUCUUGCCACCUGAUGCCGAGGAGUUUCCUGAGAAUAAUUAUAUACAACGCUCUUUGGGCAUCGGAUUGUUAUUCUUAGCGCCUGUCGUGUAAUUUUAAAUGGUUACUGUCUAACUACUUUCUGCUGAAAUGUGCUGGUCCUUCUUUUGAAAACAAAAUCAAUUCGCUAACCCUAUGGCAGUGUAAAUAUGCGUUGAACUAUGAUGUAAGAUUGUAUUGUGUACACUAACUUCAUGCACGCAGCCGUAACCUUGGUAGUGUCCCCUUAUCAGAGAAAAUAUAACUAGAAACACAGAUAUAAACACCAUAGUCUCAAUUAAUAAAAAAAAAAGACUGUCUACUGCAGUUUUCCUAUGGCCUAUAAAGGAUGCCAACAAAUUUAGUGUGCAGGGGACAUUUUCCAGGAAUGCACGUAGACACACACUGUGCAGGGAAAUUUAUUUUAUAAUCAACAUACGAUAACGGGAAUUGUUUUGAAGUAAUAUCGGUCGCGGCAAUGCAAAAUAGUUUUAGGGCUUCUCCUCUGCUGUAUGCAGGGGUGGACUGGGGAGUUCAAGCGGCCCGGGAAAAAAUCAAAGCGGCCCGGGAAAAAAUCAAAGCGGCUCGGGAAAAAAUCAAAGCGGCCCUAUCUUCAUAACUUUUAUUUUUAUUAUAUCACCGGUCCUAGCGGCCCAUCGGAAAUCUUUCCGGUGUCCUUGUGGCCCAGUCCACCGCGGCUGUAUGUAACUACAGAUUUUAACUUUAAUAUAUAUAUUAUGUAUAUAUAUAUAUAUAUAUAUAUAUAUAUAUAUAUACACAAUCAUAUAUAACUGUUCUUUCUUUUAUGCUAACAAUAUUUUUUCGUAUUUCAGUUAGUGACAAUUGACCUUACACAUGAAUGUGUGCAAAGAAAGGUUAAGGAAAACUUUGAGUUCAGUUGUGAAAAACGAUCGGAAAAAGAAUUUCAUAUUACCCUACUUUUUAAAGCUCUUAGAGAAUACAGUAAAGCCAGCAUCAGAGGCUUUUUAUUGAAAGUGGAUCCUGACAGCAAGAUAGUCCAGCUACCAGCUGUCUACGGUAAGAAAUAUGAAUGUUUGUAUAUGGAUUUGCACAUAUGAUAAAGAAUAUAUACAUUUAGUGAAGUCUGAAUAUUUUGAUAGUUCAAAUAAUUUUAACUUAACCACAGACUUCUCUCCACUGAAAGCUGUACACACAUUACAGGAAACUUUGUAUUUAUAUGUGUAAACAUGUGUCUCUUUACUGUCUGUAUUGCGCUUUCUUAUACAUCUUUUGCUUCUGAUGUGGCUGCUUCCUUUUCACAACCGGCCCUACCCCUGUCAUGUUUUUUAUCGGUAGCACUCAAUGAAAAAAACAACGAGUGUCUUUUUAACCGAAGUAAAAAUGUGGAAAUUUUGUUCUUUCCUUAUUUUUUUAUUUAAAAAAAAUAUCACUGAAGUUGAGGCUAAUCUCGUUAUACUGUGUCUGCUGUUUCCCUAAGUAUUUGUUAUAAAAAGAAUGACAGUAUCUUCUCUGUCGACGGGUUUUUGUAAAACGUCAACUCUAUCCCGACAAGGGUCUAUUUCUUGAAACAAAUGGUCGACGGAGUUAGUGCACAAAAUCUAGGGGAUUUGACGGUAGAUUUCAAUGCACAUUAUAGAAAAUGAAAAGUUAAUUUUGUAAAAAUUAUUUUGUGUAACGCUUUGACUCACCAGUUGUUUUCUUUAAAAAUGCCGGAUUCAGGUUAAAAGCCCAAGUAUAUAUCUAUAUAUAUAUCCGUCUAUUCAUCUAUCCAUCUAUCCAUCUAUUCAUCUAUGGUUUCACUUGCCUUCCCUAUCUGUUUACCACUUGUGCUGGAAUAGGAUUGAUGGCACUUAGUAGCGACACUUUCACUACAGUCUCUUUUGCAAACUCUGUGUUGGUAACUUGUUAAUCAUAUGUUAUAUCGGUGCUGUCAUCAUAUUUGAAUACAUCUGAAGCACGGCUUUGCCCGUCAAAAGUAUCUUUUAACAUGUUUCGAUUACGUCGAUAUGUCAUCCCAUCUGGUGUUGUGACAAUAUAUGCACUUGGUGUGGAGGCUUCUUUGAUAACUACUGCUGGCUUCCGUUAGCCUCGAGGGCUCUGCUGCAUAAGGUCACUGCUCUCAGGAUGAAUCUUUGGUCCGCUCAUGAGUUUCGCACUUUUGUUGUAAUAUCUUGCUUGCUCGUUUUUUAUUAUGUUCUUGAUGUUGGCCAUUUAUUUUGGCUUGAGGUAGGCAUCAGUAGCUGGAACAGUUGAUCUCGGGUGUAGGCCCAUGAGCUGCCAUAUAGGUGUAGGUCCUUCAGGGCAUGGAGCAUUUUUAAACGGCAAUAGGGCAAUAUAUGGAUCUUGGCCCAAAACCUGGAGAUUUAUUUUAAAGAUUCUUUACAGUCUGUAUUGCUCGUUCAGCCAUGCCUUUGGACUGUGUGUAUCUGGGACUUGAAGGGGUGAGACAAAAUUUUCACUGAUUUGAGAAGUUGAGAAAAUCAUCCCAGCCAAACAGAAGUCCAUUGUCACUAAUUACUUUUCUUGGGAUGCCAUGGCGAGCAAUUUGAGACCUAAUUUGAAAUAACAAAUCAGAAGAUCUCAGAGACGGAUUGAGACUAAAAUUUAAAUAAUCUGCUGUAGUAUUCAACAAAAAGUAAGUAUUUUUUUUUUCAGUAUAAUGCAAAUUAUCAGCCCCAUUUUUUUUCCUGAGGAAGCUUUGUUAUUUCGUAGACUAUAUUAGAAUUGUUUUUGCUGAGACCUUUGAUACCCACUGCAUACUGAGAAGCUAGAUACAAUGUCUAUGAACUGUGAUGUUAUUACUGGCCAAAAAUGUACUUAUCUUGCUUUAGCCAAACAUUUAUCACGCCCUAAAUGUCCUUGAUGUAUUCACUUCAACAUUUCUUUUCUGAGAAGCUAGAUACAAUGUCUAUGAACUGUGAUGUUAUUACUGGCCAAAAAUGUACUUAUCUUGCUUUAGCCAAACAUUUAUCACGCCCUAAAUGUCCUUGAUGUAUUCACUUCAACAUUUCUUUAUGCAAUAUUCUCGGAGCUAUCAUUCGCUCGUUCUCCUUUGAAGGUAAACUAUUGCUUUCCCUUAGUUCUUCUUUGAAUCUUGAAUUCUUAUUUCUUGUGUAAUCUCGAAUCUUCUAUCUAUAAAUCCUGCUAAAAUAUGUUGCCUUUAAACUCUCAGAGUGGCAUACUCUGUUGUUUCUUAGUGUAAUACUUUCUUCUUUUCACCUGAAAUGGGUAGACUUUUGACUAUAAGAGGAACCUGGGCGUCCCAUUCAUUACUUGAGGAAUAUUUCCUUAAUGGGAUUUGUAGUGAGAAGGUGUCUGGAUUAAAAUUUUCAUUGCCAGAACGAUUUCAUAUGUCUUAAGUCCUAGAAGCAUCCUCUGAAACCUGGGCGGCUCAGAUGACAAAGGCUUUUUCAUUAUCAAUGCCAUUGACAUGUACACAGUAUUUGGAUGGGUUCAGUUUCGUCCCUCUUUACUUUCUGUUUUAAGGUUUUCUUCAGUCUUUCAUUGUGUUCUUCUAUAGAUCUGUUAUAUAUCAUCGUUUUUUUUUCUUCCCAUGUAACUUUCCAAAAGCCUAAUGAAACAUUUUAGUAAAUGCUGCUAUAGAAGAAUUGAGUCUAAACGGUAGUCUCAUAAAUUUGAAACUCCCAAAAUGUGUGUUGAAAGUUGAAAAAUCUGUUCAUUUUCUAUCAAGUUUAUUUUUCCAAAAAAGCUGAGUUUGCAUCCAGGACAGUUAAACCCUUAUGGCCUCUAAGUCUGCUAGCUAUUUCUUAAUAGGUGGGUAAUUCGUGAUGCUCUUGUUCAAUAGCAGUGUUAAGGUCUCUAGGAUCAAGACAGAUCCUUAAACCACCACAUUUUUUUUCAACAAUAACCAUCGAGUGACCCAUGCAGUUGGAUGGUCCACUUUUCUUUGACACCUUCAUUUUCUAUACUAUACAGUUAUUUCAUGAAGUCAUAUCGCAAUACGGCUGUAAAUUUUCUACCAGCGUGUCCCACUUGCCUAAUGUGCGUGUCAGUUUUGAUAAUGUAUUCUUCUUCCAUGGAACCAAGACCACUAAAUACAUCUAAAACAGAAAGACAAUGUUUCAUCUCCAAUCACAUCCAAGAUUGAUUUUCUGGAAACCUUGCAGAACCAUGACAGACUUGUACAAAGACUUUACAAUUUGAAAUUCAAACAUCUCUGUUUGUCUCGUUUAAUGUGCAUUUGACCAAUGCAUUGCCGACUAUAGAAACUCUUUUACCACUGCAUGAAGUAAGCCUUGCAGUUUACGUCUGAUGCCCCCUCUUUCGAUGUUGACUAAUCAAUUUGUACUGGAGAAUGUUCACCUGCGCUCCAGUGUUCAGUGUGGUGGUCAUUUACCUGCCCUCAAGAGUGAUAACAGAUUUCCAAUCAUUGCUAAGUGUGUUUUUCAAGGAAACAUUAGCAAUGUGGGAUGUUUCUUCACUGAAGGCAACUCUGUACUCUGACUGGUAAGUAACAACUCUAAUAGGAUUUGACCUACAUACAAAAUGAUUUGUUUUCUAACCAACCUGACAUACUUGAACGAAUGCGGAACAUUUUCUUGUUAGAUGCUGCUUGUCACAAUAGUAACACUUUGUAUUUGCGUGUGGUCUUCUUGAUAUCUCUGUAUCUGUUGUCACUGUAUAACAUAACAUUCGUCACUCAUCUGCGCAACCACACUGUUGUCUUCGCUGCCAUGCAUAUGAUUCAUGCCUUAUUUAGGGCCAAGUUAUCCUCUCUAAGUAGUCGAGCUCUGACGUUGUCACUCUUAAUACUUCUUACAAUUCCUAACCUUUUUUAUCGAGUGUUUCAGAUUUUCGAAUUCAAGUGGCUUUGCCUUGAGUUUGAGAUCUGUUAAAAAAACGACUACAUGUUUCUCCGUCAUUGUUACAUGUUGAAAAAAAAAUAUGCCUUUCAAUUGUUAUAUUCUUUCUUGUUACGCAGUGAUUCUUAAUUUCUUUAAAAUACAAAUAACUGUAAAAAGACGUAUUCAUUCGAAUUUCUUUACAAUUAUCGCCUAUCCUUUGAAGGGUAUUGAAAGCAUCAGUUUCAUCCUGUUCUAUCAUAAACAGGAAAUUCAUGAACUGCCCCUCUUUACUCUUGAUAUCCAGUCCGCUAGCUGUCUUUUAAAUUUCAUAUGACUGCUUAAAUCGCUUCCAAUCCAAAGCAACAUUUCCAUUUAAUUCUAGCUGUUAUGGCGGAUUGAUUAUAUUGUAUUAUAAGAUACCCACUCAAGCGUGUGGACUGUGUAACAACUAACCUUUGUAGAUCAUUGUUUUUAUACCCUCCAUCACAUGAUCACUAACCCCAGUUCUUCAGCCAAUAUUCAAACAGUUAAGCUUAAACAUUCAUGUAAACAGCUCCCCAUGUCUAGCUAUAUAGAACAUUACAAAAAACACAGGACAAUGUGUCACAAAGUUCAAUCAAUACACACAACAAUAGUCGUCAUUCACACAUACUGUCACAGUAACAGCCUUUAAAAGAAAAGAAAAACAAAGUAAUUUUUACUUAAACACACUUUACACUUAAAACAUUAUGAUCGUGUUAUUUAAGUGAACAUGCAAAUCAAUUUAUCAAAAUCAAUACUCUUCACCUAAAUACGUUUACAUGAUCAAAUCGGAAGAAGAGAAAGCCAGGACUGUUCGAUGAUUUUGGUUAUGAAAAGUUUCUCUUACAUGAAGCAUCAGACUAGUGACCGAAUGAGAGUGAUAUUUUUUUUUUCGGCCAAACCCGAAACCAGACUGGAAGUUAAAAAUGGCUUUCGGCCAAAAUCGAAGCCGAAACAAGAAAUUCAACGAGAAUUUCCGCAAAAAAAAACAAAAUAUUUUACAUAUUUUAAAACGUUUUCAUGCUUACGCUCUGUGCACAUCGAACACUGAUAAGGGAAACAGAUUGUCUCCAUAGUCAGUCAAAUCGCGGGCAGGUUCAGCCGAAAUGGUGCGUACCGUCCACACAAUAUAUAUAUAUAUAUAUACAUAUAUAUAUAUAAUUAUAUAUAUAUAAUGUUCGUUGAUGACACAAAUUAAGAUAAUCGCUAUUGGAAUGAAGAAGUAAAUUCAUUUNAUAUAUAUAUAUAUAUAUAUAUAUAUAUAUAUAUAUAUUAUUAUAUAUAUAUAUAAUGUGCGUUGAUGACACAAAUUAAGAUAAUCGCUAUUGGAAUGAAGAAGUAAAUUCAUUUGUCAUACAGCCAGUGGACCAUAACAUUGCAAGUGUCGGGCUGCGGGUUGCCCACCUCUGCAUUAAGCCAGUUAAAGUUAUUUUCGUUGUGGAACCAGUGCUAUUUUUUCAAGAAUACACAUUCUUUAAUGCGUUUUCAAAUCCUCCGUUAAGCAGCUUUAGAUUUUAAAAUGUCAUAUAAGAUUUUGUACGCGGCAUUUGAAAUCCAUUUUUAUGAAACACUUAGCAGCUGCAAAAAUUUAGGGUAAUGAAGGGGUUAAUAAUCUAUGCAAUGCGCACGUCUGUCAAUGUAGCUAAGUUUGAAUGCCAGAGUUGACUGGACAUUGGGACAUCCAAAUAAAUUUACGCAAAAAUCAACAUUUUUAUAUACGCCUCCCGCACCCUAAUCAAGUAAAGGGGCAGUCCAUAUAUGAUGUACGCAACUUGGAUGAGUACAAAAGCGUAAGGGACGUUGUGUCGGCAGAAUGUACGUACAUCUAUGCAUAAGUUCUACAAAAGUUAUCCUGAUUAUUGUUUGGCGACCAACCACCCCUCGCCCUCUUUGGUAAGGGGGAAUUUAUUUUUGUUAUCCGGAUUCCUUAAAAUCGUAGUUCUUACGCGUCUCAGGGUAAAAACGUAAAAGACAUGUAAUAAAUCAUACAUUGUACGCCAAAAUCGUAAUAGUUAACAGGUCUGCCAGUAGGCCUAUUGCAUAAUUAUUAUACAAAACAGUGAUUACAUGCACAUGUAUGCUAUUUUGUCCAUGACAAUGUUUAUCAGUAUGACAAUGGUGCAUUUAUAUAAAUAAUGAAUUAAAUAAGCCUAAGGUUCCUUAAUUUUUUUUAAAAAGUGUUCUUUUAAAAAAUAAUAAUUGAAAGGUUACGAUUCCCUAGGAUAUUUCUUUUACAAUACUUUAUAACUUUGCCUGUGCCCAUUAUGAGUAUGUUAAUGAUAAAUCAAAAGGAAUGUCACAAAUGAACACAUUAAAUAACCUAAGGCUCCCAAAUUGCAUUUAUAAAAAUCAAUAAAAAAUAAUAAUACCAUUCCCUUAGAUUUUCCCUUAAAACUUUUUAAUUAGCCUAACCCUAAUUAAUUUUUUUUUAAUAUAAUAGAACAAGAAGGUCAUCAUGCCGCUGUUAGCAAAAUUCGCAGUGUGUUAUUCGUACACCACGCCAUACAGGAAGACGUUGAGGUAAAAUAAAUGUUUCAUUGCCUUCGACAGAUCGUCAAAGUAUGAUUUCUUGUAGACGAUGGAAAGCCACAAUCACUUUCGGCUGAAACCGAAAUUAAAUUUAAUAUAACUAUUAUGUUUUGGCCAAGAACGAAACUGUUGAAAUUGCAACUUUUGGCGCAGAAACCGCACUUCGUUUUUCUCUACCUCAUACACAUAUAUCGUGAUUAACAAUUGAGCUUGAUGUGAGGUCUGGGAGAGAUUGUCAAUCCUGGUUAGGUGACAUAUUUGUAUCGGUGAAACCGUGUCCUAAUGGCAACCUGCUAUGAUGAAAACAUCCCAAGACAAGAAAUUUUUGCUUAGAUAGUAAAUAGUAUCAGUUUUGAAAAAGCUCUUGUCGCGUAAAUUUACAGACAGACACAGUGCUAUUUAUAAUUGCACCUUAAUCAGAAAAUUUGUAGGGAUUCCCAACCAUGGUCUGGUGCCGCCCCCCCCCCCGCUUUGUCUGACACCCUGUUCUGUUUGCAACCUGCUAUAUUGUCAACCUGCUAAGACAGCAAUCUUAUCCAGAGGUAGCCUUUUCUUGAAGCAAACUACUUUGAUUGCACCCUACGCUGUCUGGUGACACCCUGCUCUAUCUAGCGACACAUUUUUCUUCUGAUGACCUGAUAUUUGAUCCCCCGUUAUCUUUGCAACCUACCCUGAUUUGUAUGAGGACAGUCUGUUCUGGUGCUAGCCUGAGCUGGUGGCAUUCUGUUCUUGUGAAAUCCUUUUUCGGUUUGAACCUGUCAAAAUUUCGUCAUCUCACGUCUUAUUCUGAUGGCGCCUAUUUGGUCUCUCAUAUUCUCAUGUCACAGCUUCCACCUGGUCUUUCUUUAUUGGUCAUACCACGGACCAGUUUGAUUCAACCAACACUAAAGCUUUAUGGUACAUAAGGCGUUUAUUUUUUAACAGCAUUAGUAAGUCCAUCUGGUUCACAUUGAGCUGAGACAUGAAUUCAUAUCAAUAACUUAUAUCUCCUCAGCAAAACAUCUCUUAGUGGCUCUAUCUAAACAAAGACACGUCUCGCUGUUGCUCGCACUAUCUCACACACUCCUCAAAGUUCCUAGUUCACUUUCACGGCCGUCAACAUAAUACAAUCACCCUCUUAAAACAGUGGAUCGCUUUUUAGAUCCUCCAAAAAUCCAUGCAUCCGCCCUUGACGUUAUGAGAGUUCACACUCGCUCACUUACCCCAUUUGUCACAUAAUCACAACACACAAACUCUCCAAGGUUUCAUGACCUUGACAGAACCAUGCUACACAAUUUUCUGGUGGCACUUGUUCUUGUAUUGGACUGAGUCUGUUAUGAAACCGACUAGAGAAAAUUAUGUAAACAUUCCCUUUCCACAUGGUGUCACACUCCUCUGUGGGUUUCAACUAAAGCAGUCCACACCCCUGCAACCCCCAGUGACGCCGCUGGCAAGAACUGAAAGAAAAAAAAAUGGUAGUGCAAUUCUGUCAAUUUUACAAGAUAAUGUUUGUUCCCUUUCUCACAGAACCAACAAACACAACUGGUCAACUGAUCAUAAAUGGACAAAUUAAACCAACAGAUACAUCUUGUUCUGCCAUUAUUGACACCAGUGAACUAAAUCUUGUGUUUAAAUGUACUAGUUCUGCCAAGCCUUGUGUGAUAGAAAUACUCUUGGACAAAGCUUUUGAAAUAAAUGGGGAAGAUCGUGUGGAGCUUAUCAGAAAGACAACACAAGCUGAAGAACUGCAUGUAACUAUUAAAUAUGCGUCCUGCAGACUGGAUGGAGAAUACCAGACUAUAAACUGUAGAAUUAAUAUGAGUAAGUAAUAUUAAUAUGUAUUUUUAACAAUAUUUUCUUGUUAUAGAAACUUUAUUUAAAAAAAAACAACAACCCCCUUUGUAUAUUUGAAUGGCAUAUUAAUUUCUUAAUUGCUUUUCUUUGUUAAACAGUAAGCGUGUAUUUUGUUUUUGAAAAUGAAUAGCCUUGAAGAAUAUAAACUGGUCGUCCCGGUUGGUCAGCCGUUUAUUCUUUAAUAUUGGGUAACAGGGCUCAGCGUUUCACAAAUAAUUGCAUUAUUAGUAUUGCUAUGACAUAAAACACUCGAAUUAAAUAUGGAAUAUUUGAGAAAUAGACACUGUUCCUACUAUCCACAUUUAUUGUUAUGAGUUUUUGUCUUGUUCUCCUCCAUUGACUUGUUUCUCCUUUUAGCCUGCUAAGCUUGUUGUGCAUAUUUAAUAAAUAGCAACAGCUAACAGAUAUCCAAGCUUCUUAUAAAUCUCAAGAAAAUUGAUAUUUUAAGAAACAUAUACCAUUAAAUUGCUCAUACCCUGACACAUGACUCUGGAAUUGCGGUUGACACUAUCUAAUCUAAAGCUCUGUUUUAGCCUGCAGACAGGAAAUAUUGUUAUUAGCCUUAGCAGAACUAACGUUUUCCAGAUUAACCUUCAGUUCGGAACGCUGGAUCAGAUUGUUACAAUCCAACCGUUUUUGUCUCGCACACGCUAAUGAGAGAUGACAGCGAGCUCUUCUUAUCAGUAGCUCAAAAGUUCAUUAACUUUAUAGGCCAAGACCGUUCAGCGUGUAGAAAACGCUUUCAGAGUGCAGAGUUCAGCGGUUUUUUUUUUCACCUUACUUAUUUGACGUUUGACAAUUGUAUUAUUUUCUUGCUCGUGUAAGUUACUCUUUUGUAUAUACAUAGCCAUACAUCAUCUUCUUAUUACAUAGUAAAAAUUAAAAUGAUACAUGCUUAAAGAAGAGAUUUUCAUACUGCUCCUUAUACAUUUCAGGUUAACUCUGCUGUCUAACAGGGCGGGUGCUAGGAAAAUAUUUGAUUUAAGGAAUCUCAAGGAUAUAGAAGAAAUUCAAAAAAAGUGUUUUAUUUGCAAUUCAUUUUACUGUGUAUAUUGGUUAAAUUAUUUUUAAAAAUAGAUUAUUUUACAAAAUGUUAAUAAAAUUCAAAAAAAUCGACCAGCGAUAUCAAAUUGAUUCCAUGCGCCGGUCCCGUAACAAAAAGAGCAGGCCCGCCGGAAGGUUAACUUCGAACUGAUCUCAUAGUUUUUUUAAUUGUCUUUACAAGUAGUACUUUUUUCAAUCUAGCUUACUCGGAAAAAGUUGACCAUCACGACAAUACAGGCCUAAUAAUUGGAAUAGUUUUUGGCGUUGGCUUUGGCGUUGGCAUCAUAGUUGGGUAAUGUUUUUUUUAUAUAUAUAUAUAUAUAUAACACAAUAAAAUUUUAUUGCUUAAAAAUAAGAUGAUUUAUGUAUAUAAUAUAAUACUAAUAAUAACGUUUAUUUGAAAAACACGCUUCAUUCCCAAAAGCUCGAAGCGGGGUACAAAGUAAAUCCUAUUUAAAAAGAGAAAUAAAAACAAUCUAUAACAUUACAAAAACUACAUACGAGAAUACCAAGUCAAGGGCUUUCAUCCCUUUCAACCAUAAACAACACAAGCCAAUAUACAUUAACUGGAAUAAAAUGGUAGAUAACAGCACCCCAGAUGUUUUUGCGAAAUAGAUGUGUUUUUAAAUCGGUUUGAUAGGAGGCCAGUGUCUGGCUGUUUCUAAGAGCGACAUGAAGGGCGUUCCAAUUUCUUGGGCCAGCAAAUGCGAAAGUGCGCCUUCCGUAAGUCUCAAGGCAAACACGCGGUAUCAAUAUUCUACUACUAUCGAAUGAGCUGAGUUUUCAUUUGGUUUAAUAAGGCGUAAGUAGCGCUUUGAGAUAGGACAGCGCCAGGUCAUGUAAGCAGUGGCAACACAAAGUUGCAAUUGUGUACUAUAUGCGAGCGCGGACGGCAACUAAUGCAGCUCUCUCAGAAGUGUUUUAACAUGGUCGAAUUUGCGUUUGCGAAGAACAAUGCGAGCCGCAUUAUUCUGUACUAUUUGAAUUUUAUCAAGGAGCAUAGCUGGAAGACCCACCUUGAGAGCAUUGCAGUAGUCCACGAAUGCAGACACCAGCCUCUUUGUUGCGUCAAAAGUUAGGACAAGUCUGAUAUGACUAAUCCAGCGCAACUCUAGACAAUUCGUUUUGCAAAUCAUUUAAAUCUGAUUUUCCAAAGUUAGUGUUCUAUCUAGCUAGACACCCAGGUUACGCACUGUUUGAGAUAAUUCAAUCCGCACACUUAAGAGAGUAAGUGAUGUUGUCUUAUUUACAGAUUUUUGCUUCUGAGUGGUGGCAAUGGGGAUCAGCUCAGUCUUUUCUUCAUUCAAUUUUAGCUUGUUGAUUGUCAUCCAGUGCUGAACUGACUCCACUUUCUUCUGUGUCGUACUAAGAAGUUGAGGGAGCUCAAAGGGAUCACGGAUUGAUGAAUUUGGGUAUCAUCCGCGAACAUGUGAUAUACCAUGUCAAACUGCUUGAUCACUGCACCCAGGGGCUAACCUACAUAGUGUAAAGCACCGGAUCUAAGAUCGAGCCCUGGGGUACUCCGAAUUCGAUAAUAGAUUGAUUUGAGGUCAAGCCGUUUGAAAUAACUGAUUGGACCCGAUUUGUCAGAUACGAGCGGAACGAUUUCAGGAUAGUAUCGGUGAGAGUCCGAACUUUUUUUUUUUUUUUUUUUGCAGACGUUGGAGAAGUAUGCCGUGGUCAAGCGUGUCGAAAGUUGUCGAUAAAUUAAGUAAUGACAAAAUGAAAUGAGUAAAACAGAGGAUGGUUAAACCUGAAAAAUUAAACGUAACAAAAAAACAGUCUCUCCCCUUAUUACCCUAAUGACAAAAUUGCCGUUUGAAAUAACUGAUUGGACCCGAUUUGUCAGAUACGAGCGGAACGAUUUCAGGAUAGUAUCGGUGAGAGUCCGAACUUUUUUUUUUUUUUUUUUUUGCAGACGUUGGAGAAGUAUGCCGUGGUCAAGCGUGUCGAAAGUUGUCGAUAAAUUAAGUAAUGACAAAAUGAAAUGAGUAAAACAGAGUAUGGUUAAACCUGAAAAAUUAAACGUAACAAAACAGCAGUCUCUCCCCUUAUUACCCUAAUGACAAAAUGAAUAGCUGGCCCUCAUCAAAAGACGACUAAAGGUCGUUUACGACGCGCAACUGGGCUGUCUCAGUAGAGUGAUGCGCCCUGUUUGCUGACUGGAAAGGUUCAAGCACGUCACACUGAAUGAGGUGAUCCAGGAAUUGGCGGAGAGCGACUUUUUCUAACAAUUUGAAAACAAAUGGUAGAUUUGAGACAGGACGAUAAUUUUCCAUCACAUUUGUUUCAAGAUUUGCUUUCUUUAACUGUGGAGUGUGGAGUUGCAGCCGCCUCUUUAAAGAGGAUGGAACAAUAUCAUUUGUCAAUGACUGAUUUAUGAAACCAGUUAUAAUGGGGAAUAUUUCAUCAAAACAUUCAUACAACAGCCCUGCUGGAACAGGGUUGAUCGAACAUGACCUUCUUGGGGUUUCAACCAGGAUUUUACUCACGUUCAGUUCAUUAACCUCAACAAAUUUACACAUAGGAGAACCGCUAACAAGUGAGAAUUCUUAUGCAGCAUCAAGUCUCGCCCUGAUCGUCGUAGCAUUCGUAAGAAAUAACUCAUUUAGAGCGUGUGGCAGCACGCCUACAGCAAUGUUAUUUGGCAUAGAUGUAUCCUUAUGUUAAACGGUCAUCUGACUCACUAUACACAAUAAGUCCUUGCUUUGCUUCAGCUGCUAAUCUAUAAUCUGAUGAUUAACAUGCUCAGUCCCAGCUGCAAGGACCAACUUCUUAGUUUGUUCCCAGUGAUCAACAAAAAUUUGUCGGUGCACGGUCAAGCCCGACUUCCGCCAUUUGCGUUCUGCACAUCGCUUCUUCUGCUUUCCAACCUUAAUUUCGCGCGUGAGCCAUAGGGCAGAAGGGAGAUCCGUAACGCGCCGUGUGGACAGAAGUGCAUGCUAGUCUAUGAUGACUCUAAGACCAUUGUUGUAGUCUGUCACAGGGUCUUCUUCACUGCGAUUGACGGUGGCGACGUCGCAUCUGAAGGCCACUAGAUCUAUCUUUCAGAGUUAACUUGAUGUGACUGUGCGCAGGAGGCGCCCUGGCUUCCUCAAGUCCAAGAAUAGUAAGAAAUGAUCAAAGAUCAGUUUCUCUUCAAUAAUAAGGUUGGGGAUCAUAGCUGCACUGUCCUCUCUGACAACUAGCCAAUCUAGGAUGUGACCCCGCUUCUGUGUCGGGACACUGACAAGCUUGAUCAUACCAUAUGUGUCAAGAGCUGAUUAAAGACUUGAGACACAGCUGUCGGUAGUGGAAUAGAAAUGGUAUUUUGUGUCGCCGAUUGUUAUAACGUUGUUAUUGGUAGAGGCGUACGUGUCUAGGUUCUUUGUAAACUCAGCAGUAAACUGGGAGACCUUCAACUUAUUUAAAUUUUUGGGAGGUGGCCUGUAUAUGCACAGAAGCGUAAUCGCUUGGUCACAAUAAUUAAUUUGCAUCUUGCAUAUUUCAAAUGAAACAAACUGGUCUGAUUUUGAAAACGCCGUACUAUUCUUGAGGGAGCUCCUGUAAAGGAUAGCAAUACCUCCGCCACCACGUGACAGCCUUGGGCAAGAAUGAUGGAGGUAGUCCGGAUCUGUAAGUUCUUGCAAAUUGACCUCAUCUCCAACCUGUUUAAACCACGUCUCCGUAAUGAACACAAGGUCGGCCUUGCUCUCUAAAAUAAGAUCACACCCCUCAAAUGUCUUGUUCGUGCAUGACUGCGAGUUGAAAUACAGCACCCCGAAGUGCAGUGAUUGCGGCCUCACAAAAGGCUGACAGUCGACAAUUACUAGAUUUGAUUUCGUCACGCCCCGACGAGGUGGUGUGAAACCAUGGGCCACUGUCUGUGACCUUAGCAUUGACACAUAAGGAAUGGACAAGAUGGAUGACACAGUAUGUGGCUUAUUUCCGUUGUCCACCUCGUUCCUGAAAGCUUUAUCUCAAGGCUCUUCAAAACGAUCACCACCAGCAAUAAUGUUGACACGGCUGUCGCAUUGCGGUAUUUCAGUGGACGCUGUUUACGUCGACCAGUACCAUAAAGACGCGUCUUCUUUCGUCGUUCACCUAUUUGCUUGAUACUUGUUCUGUCGCGCAGUUUAGGCCAAGCUGAAACAGUCUUUUAAUCACUUGCACACACUGUGUGUAAACAAAAACCGUGUCAAAGAGCAGUAGUGAGCCUUGGUAUAGCGCAGCCUUGUAAUAGUCUGGAUGUGCUACUGCGUCUCUAUAGUGUUUACUCAAAGGCCUGGCCUUAAUAUUUCUAUACUGAUUGGAAGCUCACUAGAAAGGGGCACACAUGCCGUUUUUUCAACACUGCGUUCACCGGCCUAUUUACAUAAGAAAAAACAAAACAAACACCAGCACGUAUCUCAGGAAUCUAUUAUCCGAUUUUUAAACCAAUUAUACACUGCAAAGUCCAGAAAUUCCCAAAAUGAUGAUACCAAAAAUUCCAUAUAAAACCCCAUAUUGACAUAGAAACUACAAACAAUGUGCAAUGGUCCAUUUCUAGACUGUUAAGCGACAGGGGAACCAAAAAAUUAAACAUUAUGUGACAUACUCUAUAAAACGUAUGUUGUUCCGCAAUUUAUUUUGUUGAAUCAAUGAAUUUACAUAAAUUAAUUCUGUAUGUAAUUUUGAUUAGUAAAAAAAAAAAGAAGAAAAAAAAAACGAUCUCGAAAAAGACCUUACAUUGCUAAUUAAUAGUUGUUAAUAAAUUAAAUCUAUAAAACGUAUGUUGUUCCGCAAUUUAUUUUGUUGAAUAAAAGAAAUUAAAAAAAUUAAUUCUGUAUGUAAUUUUGAUUAGUAAAAAAAAAAAAGAAGAAAAAAAAAACGAUCUCGAAAAAGACCUUACAUUGCUAAUUAAUAGUUGUUAAUAAAUUAAAUCUGAUAUUUUUAUUAUUAAUUUUCUUUUUAAUAAACUAAAUUUUUUUUAGCUGCAUAUGCUUCCUCUGCAAACGUACAGUCUGUUUUGAAACGAUUAAACCAAAUGUAAGUUGAAACAAUAGUUAUUCAAAUAAAAUAAAAACUUUUGAUUUUAGCUUUUGCUUGCUUGUGCUUAUUGGGAGGGAAAGAGGACUUUUAUUUAUUUAUUUAUUUUUUAAAUUUACAGACUGGGAAGUUCAUGAUUUCUUAUUGCUUUCUUGGGCUAUAACAAUAAAACCGCUUUUUUUUUGUUUGUUGUUAUUAUGGUCAUAAUAUGUUUUAUUUGUGUUUCAUAGUAAUAUAGAGCCCUGUUGCAGCCUUAGAAUAUAGAAAGAAUAAACCAUAAAGAAUGGUUCUGUGUGUCUGAAGCAAUGUGGAGCGAAAAUGCUUGACACAAUUCUUAGCUAUAGUUCACGCUGAUUUUGCUAUAUUGAAUUGUAUGUCGUUUGGAAAUUGUAAAAUUAUCCUUUCAAUUUCAGACAUUGAAGUAUGUAUAAUGUUGGUUCAACAUCAAUUUAAAGCACACCUGCACAUUAUUUUAACACAUUAUAUCUUGAAAUAAACAACUUAACUCUUAUGUUCAAACGAGCAAAGUUACAAAGACCUAUCAAAUAAUUGUCAUUGUGGAUUUUAAAAUGUUCUUGUUAAGUUUUCUAUGUUUUUAUUUACACCAAUUAAACAUUACAUAAAUAUUCACAUAACACACGUUCUAGAUAAUGUUGACUUUCUGCUUACGUCCACAACACACUGUUCAAUAGCAUAUUCUCUGACUACCGUCUCUGCGCAUGUGCACUGUUUGACCUAGAUGGCUAUCGGGAUGGUCCAGUGCGCUAGUCCACCAUGUCAGUUCUUUAUAUCAUAACACAAAAAAUAAUUAGCUGGCGUGUAGAGGAAAUAACACAAACAUUGUUCAUUUAAGUGAAAACGUUAUUUAUCUGUUUGUAGAAGGCGUUCAUAAAGGAAUAAUGUGGAAAGUGUAUAUGUUUAAACAAAUCAUCAACAUUUCAAUUUAGAGAUUUAUUACUGUUUGACUGUUUAAAGUUCAGAACAUUUGAGUCUUAGUCCAAAGGUUAAAAGCAAGACAUUUGUCAUUUCCAUUGUAAUUACAAAAAAAAUAAUAAUGAUUUUUAAAGUUUAUUGUCAGUAGUAAAGGAAUCAAUAUGCCUAAGAAUGAAUGCAUAGAGUUGGUUGUAGAUAAUUUCCUCCGGGAGGGGGGUGCAUUUCAGAUUUUCGGGUGGACAGUACUAUUGAUGUAGCAAGAGGGUUGAGGAGUUGUCUGCCUUUUGUCCCUACUUUUAUAUGGAUGGGUGGCAUUUUCAGACAUCUAAAGGAUUUUCAAACGUGGAUAGAAGUAGGCAAGAACUGCACACUUUCCAAGUGAGGCACUACACUAGAAAUGCCGCUAGGCGCCAAAAUUGGUUACAACGGCAAACUACGCUGUCAUUUGUUUUAGGAAGUGUGGCUGAAAUUGAGGGCACUGACGGCCUUUGAAUGAAAUUGUGGGAGUUUUCUAGGGAACCCAUCCCCAAAUUUGUAUUUAUUAUUUCAAAUACCAGUAGUACAUUUUAACGUUGUCUUGAUUUCAACGUUUCCAUUAGACAAUCUGGGUUGGGGGGGGGGGGGUAUUUUGUUAGCAUCCAUGAGCAAAUUAGGCAUAGUGACGUCCAGUGACUUAAACAUAGUGAAUUUGAUCUGGUUGUCGCUACCCAGGGUAAAAUUUUGGCACAAGUUUUAAUACACACAGUACUUUCACAUUGAUUGAAAUGAGGAAAUUGGAAAGCAGAGUGUGCCGAAGACUCCUGGGUAAAAAAAGCGAGGGCAGGGUCUGGGGGUCUGGACUCUCUAAUCCCCUCCCCUGAAAGUAUUUAAUGAGUUAUUUUUGCCAGAAUGCAAUUUAGCACAUAGCUGAAUUAGAUUUGCAUCAUACUACAUUUAAUUUCAGAGCAACAGUAGUGAAUCUUUUUUUAAAAAUUACGUUGUCAAUUAACUAAAGAGCCAUAAGAAAAAGUACUGAUUACAUCAUUUUACACGUUGAACGCAAAUAGAUAACAACAAAAAAUCCACAUAAUAAUUACCUUUUCUAAAUAUUUUGAAGCGUUACCAGAGUCAAAGGGGUAAAUUAAAUGUUUUGUAGAAAGUUCUAAAAAUGUAAUGAUUUUUAAAACUUGUAUUGAUUUAUAAAUCGUAUAACAAUGGCAUAAUUAUAUGAAGGAGGCAUAAGCUAUUUUCUUAAGACGUCAUAUAUUUAAUGUGUUCUUUUAUCUGAAACAAAUCUUAUCCAUAUGUAUAAAUUAUACAAUACUCAAUAUUCAGUUGAGUUGAAUGUUUUAAUUUUUUCAUUUUUAGCAGCAGUAAUUUUUUUUUUUGAUUAAUCGCAUAUUAUCUAUACGAUCUAAUUUAACAAUUUUUUUUUACAAAAUCCAUAUAAAAUAUUUUAAAAUUGAAGGUUUUAAAACAAUUUGUGCUAAUACCGGGUUUGGAUUGGGAUUACAAAAAUGAAAUUAACAUUGUAAAUGUUUUUUUUUUCCUUAUAAUUUUUGUCUUAUAAAUAUAAUUUUUUUACUGAAUUCACAGCAUGAAAAAUUACAUUUAAAAACUCAUUCACAUAAAUAAUUUAGGACAGCUUGUUUAUUAUUAUGAUAUUGAAAAGAAAAAAAAAAUUAUUUGGGGAAAAUAAUAUAUAAAGCCAAAUUGUUUUUAAAAAAUAGUAUAUUUUUUUCAGGAAGCUUUGCCACAAAAGUAGGACAUUUUAUAUUCAUAAACAUUAAUGUGAAGACAAAAAUAAAAAUAUUUGCAUUCAAUGAACGAAAGAAGGGGCUAUUUUUUAUGAAAACUCCAAAGAACUUAGAACUUGACAUAUUUACCAUUGAAAAUUUCUAUAAUAUUUUCACAGUAGCACUGAAUAGAUUUUGCUGUGUUAAAAUUGAGAUGUAGAUAACGAUAAAUUUGUCAAUUUCAUUUUACAUCAGAUCUUGCUGUCCUUUAUUUGUAUUAUUUACACAAUCAAAAAAUGUCCUUGCGUAUGACUGUUUGAGCGACUUUAAAAUGAAGCAUACAGCUUUUAAUGCGUACCCCUUUUUUAACGCUUGCUCACCUGAAUCGCACAUCUAUACUGUCUAUAAGAGAAAUUUUAGAUUAAAAAUAGUUUUGUUGGCAGCGUCCUUUGUGUGAUAUAAAGGGUUUUCAAGGUAUAUUCGUUUGUCAUGUUCAAAAUAAGUUUUCCAAUUUUCAUUUUCAAAGAACUUAUCGAUUUCCCUUUAUUUGGGAGUAUUGUAAAGUUUGCUUGUCUGAAUCAAAAUAAAUGAGGAACUGCGUCAAAACUUGUGAAGUAAGUAGAGGAAGUGGAACUAUUUUGGUUUCAUGUGAAACAAUUAAAGCGACGUUUUGCCUAGAAGACUUCUUUAGCAUACGAGGAAAACGAGAAAUAACAAAUAAUUAGAAAUCAAACAUGAAAAGAAGCAUGUGUUUAAAAUUAAAAUGAAGUAGAUGUAGCACAAUAGUUAAAACCCAAUGCGCUCAAUGUUAUUAAAGAAAGAAAUCCAUACUGUUUGGCAGUAGAGAUGAAAUACCGUGCUAACGUUAUUUUGUGUAUCUUAAUUUGACCUGACAACUAUAUGAAAAUUGUGUUUAUCUGUUGUUAAUUUUUUUUAAAUAUAUUUUAUGUUGUUGCGUUGUUAAUGUUUUUUUCAACUUUGUGGGCUUUUUUUUUAUAUUUCAGCCUGAAACUGGUAAAGAAAAAAAUAACAUCAAUAGAACUGACCCAGAAAGCCCUUCAGCAGAGACCGCGUUAUUGAACAAAAGUCGAACCGACGACGACAAAACUGUACGUGUCUCGGAUACAACUGAGGACAAAGUUAAGCCCACAACACUUGAAAGCGGAGCCCGCUGAUAAAACGAGCAGAAUUAGAUGAUUUUGAAGAAAUAUUUUUGGAGAUCAAAAAAAAAAAAAUGGAGCAGAAGUUAAUGCGACAUGGGAUGGCAUGACCGCAUUAAUUGUAGCCUCUUAGAAAGGCAAUGAAAUCGUGGUAAAACUGGUUAUUGAAAAUCAAGCUGAAGUUAACAAGAAGACACCUGAUGGUAAAAGUGCGCUGCAACUUGCAUCUGAAAAUGGACAUUAAGAUUGCUAAGCUUUUUAGAAAAAAAUUGAGCGACAAUUAAUGAAUCAUAUGUGACAUAACGACUUAAAAUUAAAUGCUGAACAUAGUAUGAAACAGCAAAAAUAAUCACAAAAAAUGACAACUACAAUAAUUGAAACAAAUUUUACCACAUAAAAUCGGCAGAAUUGCUUGUGCAAUAACUUUGCUUUUAAUUAAUGUACCGCAGAAAACAUAACACAUGUUUUGCAAGGUGUUAAAUAAUGUUUGAUAAUACUUUUAGGUUUAAAAUGCAUUUCUAUUCUGCUCUAUUAUACAAUUUAGGUUCAUAAGCAAUGAAGAAUGGCGAGCCAUUUGCAAUAAUACCUUCUUCAAAAAACGUUAUACUGGUAAAACGAUUAAGUUUCUUCCCUAGCAAAAAUUAAAAAAAGAUUUUUUUUUUCAUUUUCAAUAAUAAAGGUUUAUUAAAUGUAAGACUUCUAAACACCAGAACCGUACAUACCUAGUCUAUGUUCUAAAUCUUUAUGAGCACUGUUGUGUGUCUUUUUGAAAAAAAAGUGUCCAUUUAAAUUUAGAAGAAAUAAGUCAACACUGUGUGAUGCCUGUUUUUUAAUCAAUUUUUAUAAAUUUAUUGUACAAGAGUUGCAUGCUAUUGUCAAAUAAUUACGUUUCGUGAUGCUUAAGGUUUCUUGAGUCAGUUUCGUGCUGAGCUUGUGAUUCUGAUUUUUACUAGCUUUUCUUGAUAUGCAAAAAAAUAUAAUAUGUAAAUAAAGAUUUUUUUUUCCUCCAAAAAUAUCGCUUUUAAAUUAGAUCUAAUGCAUGGCAGAGUAAACAGUUACUUUUGUAUUUCAUAUGUAUUUGUUGAUUUCAAGUACUUCAAUGAGCAAUGUAUAUUCAUAAGUAAGAAAUUAAUAUCAUUUAAUUAACAUACUUUAAAUUGUAAAUGCUAAGGCUUAGCCGGAUGCUUCCCGGAACUCGGAAAUGUGGAGUAUUACACACCCAUACAAUUCACUGUCUCCACCAAUGAAAUGGAACAGGGUGUUGCAAUAUUGAAUUAUAAAAAGUGUUGGACUGCAAUACAGCUUUAAAAUAGAUUAAUAAGACAC